AUUGUGUGCCACUUGCUCUCUGACAACUCUCAUAACUGACCUGCAGACGUAGGCUAAUCUCUUGUUGUUCUUUCAGUGCAAGGAUUCAUUUGUGAAAGCAGGUUAUAUACAGUAUGUAAAUAAAACAAGAGGGGGAAGUCACUUGAGUUAAGUUUAUGAGGGUGUGUUAAAGGUGUUAACAUGAGAAAAGGUAUCAAAGAAGGUCAGAGAAUCUGUCUAGGAUGAGGUGAAGGGUGUGGUCUGCUAAUCCAGAAAUAUCCUGAGAGUCAAUCCUAGUGAGAACCAGAUUAAUCCUCCAGCACCUCACCGUCUACAGGGAACAUAAACAGAGGAGAGCACAGCCAUAUGCCUGAUCAUAUUGUCUUAUAACAAUUAAAAUUACUCAUUUUGCAUCGACUGGAAUAUUAUUAAUUUAAAGUAGCAACAAUAAGGACAACAGAUGAGAGACAUGGCACUCUUGAGGUCGGGCUGGUUGUGGAGACAGACUUCUGUCUUAAAACGCUGGAAGUUAAACUGGUGUGACCUUUGGAUAGACGGGAGUCUUUGCUUCUACAAGACUGACAGCAGACGAGACCUGGAACACCGUAUUGGCCUCAAAGUAUCAUGUAUAGAUGUACGGUCUGGCCUGGAGUGUGGAGGUGUGACUCCACCAGAGACUAAUCCCAGGGAGAAUCUCAUCAUGGUUCACCUCAGAGACGGCUCAACGCUCAACCUGUGUGCUAACAGUGAAGAUGAAUCGAUAGCCUGGAAACUGAUGCUGCUCGACACCAGGAGGAACCCAAUGUUCACGUAUGAUCCAUAUGAUGACUCGUAUCAGGCUGUCCCUCUUAACAACUACCACACCGUCUACAUCACACCUGGAGCAGGACCAGGAACCCACCAGGUAGUUGUUCAAAGGGACCCAUUCGAUGGUAUGCUGGAGAAUAUAGCACUGGGAAUACUGACAGGGAUGGCGGCAGGAGCAGCCAUGAGAUCCUUCCUCUGGAUGCCGUUCUUCUUCUGCUGAGACAAAUGGCAUUAACACGACAAACACUUCACAUAGGCCAUCUGUCCCCAUAGAACGGAGCCGAAUAUCCAACAAGAACCUGCAAUAAUGUGUUUUUCAUCAUCACUAAUAUCAUCUCUGUCCAUAUUUGCUCUGAUAAACAGCAGCUUAUUUGGUUCCAGGGUUUGUUUUUUGUUUUAUGUGCAGUUCGCGUGUAAAACCAAAGAAACUGAAAACGAUGCUUUGUAUUGAUAUAUUGUUUAUGCUUGUACAUACAUCACACUGAAUGGACAUCUGGACAUGAAUGGACAUUUUAUUUUGUAUCUGAAUGCUCUUCUACCUGCUGAUUUUUCCAUUUUAAAUUGAACCUUGAUUUGGGAUUGUUUUGUCAAACUACAACUUUCAAUGCCAAUAUUCAGUUUGUUAGACUUUGGAUCAAACUGUCAAUGAAUCCAUGUCAUCUGAACAAACCCAACAUGCUAAUGAAGACCAAGAGGUGGGGCUGAAAGUUCCAGAAAAAGCUAGUCAUGGGCAACAAGUUCAGAAUAUCUUUCAAAGUACAAUUUCUGUUUCUUCAGAUUCACGGUGAAAUUAAUUUUAAAGUUAAAUUAAUUUAGCAUUUUUUAUUUCUGUAUUUCUGUUCUGUCUAUAUCAAUGUAAUAACACUAAAAGAAAACAUGUUUCAUUCUCAUACUGAUAGUAAGUCAGUUCUUCACUGAUGACGUGUACAAGUAACACCGGGAGGAGUAUAAAAACUGUAAACAAACUCAA